AUCAUUAUAUAAUUUAUAGUCAACAAAAUAAUAUAUUAAUUUUAUUUUAGUCAAUAUUUCCUUUAAUUCAUAUCAUAUCGCAAACAAAAUGUCAAAUUUCGUAAAAAUCUUAAUCAUAUGUACCAUUGGUUUGACUGCGGAUGUGAUGUCUCGACCGCACUGUCAAGUGUCUGAGGCGUCGGCCGAUGAGUGCGGCGAACGACUCAUGUUUAUCGGCCAGCAGUCGACAGGUCUGCCGAAGUCGGACGCGGAGAUGAAGACCCGAUGCGAUAACGUUAACGAAGGCCUCCAAUGCCUCAAGAAGUACUCGAAGACCUGUUUGGAUCCGUUCGCCACACAAAUCAUGAAUAUUGUAAUGAAAAACGGCGACAAAAUGGAGGCCAAGUAUUGCAAAGACGACGGCGAGAGAAAAAAGCUGUUGGACGCGUUUAUGUGCGCCAAAGACGCCGAUUUGGGUCCAUUGCACUUAUGUAUGGAGAAGUUCAUUGUCCAGAUGGAGCACUUGCCACAAGUGAAUGGUGACCACCGGAUACCGGCCACGUGUUGCUCAUUCCAGCUCAUGGAUAAAUGUGUUAAAGAAACCUCACAACAUGUUUGCACACAAAAAGACAAAGUUGAAUACAUGACCAAAUUCUUGACCGAAAUGACAGGUGAGCUGAUAAAGACUGGUUGUGGUCGGUUUGAUAGCCUAUCGCAUUGCGAUAACGCUAUGGAUAAGACUGAAUGGCAGAAUCUGAAGAAUUUGGUCGCUUCGGAUGACCCGAAAGAAAUUGCGGCCAAACGCGUCAAUACCUCCCCAUUCGUGGCCCUCAAGAGUGUGCUCAAGAAUCUGAUGGAAGAGUAA